CUCUCUUCCCAUUCACAGGUAUGAGAAUCUUGGUGAAUUUGCUGCUGGACACACUGCCUAUGUUAGGAAAUGUACUCCUUCUGUGUUUCUUUGUCUUCUUUAUAUUUGGAAUAAUUGGGGUACAACUUUGGGCUGGACUUCUACGUAACCGUUGUUUCUUAGAGGAAAACUUUACUAUACAAGGGGAUAUAACAUUGCCACCUUACUACCAGCCUGAAGAAGAUGACGAGAUGCCAUUUAUCUGUUCUUUAUCUGGUGACAAUGGAAUCAUGGGAUGCCAUGAGAUUCCACCUCUUAGGGAUCGGGGUCAUGAAUGCUGUCUAGAUAAAGAAGACUAUUAUUAUUACAACUCCAUUCAUCAGGAGUUCAAUGUCAGUGGCAUGUGUGUCAACUGGAAUCAGUACUAUAAUGUUUGCCGUACCAGCAACACAAACCCUCAUAAGGGUGCC